AUGACUGUCCACACGCACACCUACUCCCGAACGGGCAGCAGCGGAAGCACCAGCACUACCGGUAGCGGCACUAGUGGUCUUUUCGACUCUCCCACAUCGACAACCUCAACGGAAUCUCCGCUGCUUUGGGGCGCGAACACCAACACCAGCAGCGGCAGUGGCAGCAGUGGCAUUGGCAGUGCAAACAUGUCCACUUUUUCGGCGACUAAGCGCGACCAUGUCAAUGCCAACAGCUACUGCGGCCGGCACUCUUCGGAAUUCUUGUUUGGCGGGAAGGGCUUGGGAGAUUUGUGGAAGGCUGUGACGAAGAAGUAG